AUGGCCGGCUUUAUCCCCAUCGUCCGGGCGCUGCAACAGGUUCCUGAUCUGUUCGUCCGCAAGGUCCUCGGCAUCAAUGCCAAUGAGCCUUAUGUUGCGAUGCCAAGCGAUAUGGACAAGAGAGCGGGAAAAAUUCUCGACCCCGCCGACGUCUACAUAGAGGAUGAACCAUCGGUGGCAGAGUGGUUCAAGGAAUUGGUCCCGUCAAGGUCAGGAGUCCUUCAAUACGUUACUAGUCUAUUUCCAUCUGCGUCAUGGAUUCGACGAUACAAUGUUCGAUGGUUGGCAGGAGACAUGGUUGCUGGAAUUACGAUUGGCUUGGUUGUUGUCCCUCAAGCUUUGGCGUAUGCCUCGCUGGCUGAUCUGACGCCGUCGUAUGGCCUAUACACCUCUUUUACGGGAGCAGUCCUGUACAGGGUCUUCGGGACGUCCAAAGACAUUGUCAUCGGUCUUCUAACAUUCGAGCCUCAGACUACUGCAGUUGGAUCACUACUUGUUGGGCAAGUCAUCAAUAAAGUUACUCUGGAAACUGGAGACUAUACCCACGAGCAGAUUGCCCACUGUCUAAGUAUGAUGUCGGGCGCGAUUCUUGUCUCCCUGGGUCUACUACGUCUGGGCUGGAUAAUAGAGUUUGUCCCCUAUAUUCCCAUAUCUGCAUUCGUCACUGCGGCAAGCAUCACCAUCAUGUCGACCCAAACGCCCACUCUGCUGGGUCUCCCUGGUGUUAACACGAGAGCGCCACCUUAUCAAGUCAUAAUUCAAACGUUGAAACUCCUUCCCCAAAUACAACUUGACGCAGCAGUUGGUCUCUCUUCCAUUGUAUUGCUCUUCGGUAUUCGCGGGAUAUGUACCAAGAUGGAGCAGCGCCAGCCAGCUAGGAGGCGAAUGUGGUCCUCUAUUUCAUCUUUGAGGUUGACUUUCACUAUGCUUCUCUUCACUCUAAUCAGUUAUUUAGCCAAUCGAAGCACGGAUGAGUUGAGCCCCAAAUUCCGCAUCGUGGGCCACAUAGAGCGGGGCUUUCAGCGGGCCGGCGUGCCGAAAAUCGAAACAAAAUUGCUUCAGCACGUAACAUCAAAAUUGCCUGCGGUGACCAUUAUCCUGGUGAUUGAGCAUAUUGCCAUAGCGAAAGCCAUGGGUCGGCUAUAUGACUACACAAUUAACCCGUCUCAGGAGGUCGUGGCCCUUGGCACCGCAAAUCUCCUCAGCCCGUUUGUUGGUGGUUACGUCUGUACGGGAUCAUUUGGUGCUUCCGCUGUCCUCUCCAAAUCAGGAGUCAGGACCCCCUUGGCCGGGCUUUUCAGCGCCGGGGUGCUUGUUCUUGCACUGUAUGCCUUGACCGGGGUCUUCUACUUUAUCCCCAAGGCGGCUCUCGCUGGUCUCAUCAUCCACGCUGUUUGCAACCUGCUAACGCCUCCUCGGACCCUAUAUAAAUAUUGGCAACUCUCACCCGUCGAAUUUUUGAUUUGGGUUGUUGGAGUCACUUUGGCUAUAUUAGUGUCACUCGAGGCAUCUAUCUAUGCGGGCACGGCUCUCUCAAUUUCACUAGUGUUGAUUCGACUUGCCAGGACACGGGGGAAAUUUCUGGGAGUUGUCAAGGUCAAGAGAGUUUUAGCAGCGAAGCAGAACGGAUUUGGAGGAGACCAUUCCGCCAGCGACAAAACAUACCAUGCUGCACCAGAUGCAUUUGUUCCUAUGGACAGAUCCGGGUCCGCAAAUCCCGACAUCAAAGCUGAAUCUCCCUAUCCCGGUGUCUUCAUUUACCAACUCCAUGAAGGAUUCAAUUACACCAAUCAAGCGUACCACACCGACACUCUAGGGAAGUACAUCAAGCAGAACACGCAAAGGGUAUCCGGGCGGAGGCUGGAAAUCCAGGCCUCCGAGAUCGCCUCCGAGAUCGCCGCCGGGCGGAGGCUGGAAACCUUGGCCUCCGAGAUCGCCGCCGGGCGGAGGCUGGAAACCUUGGCCUCCGAAAUCGCCGCCGGGCGGAGGCUGGAAACCUUGGCCUUCGAAAUUGCCGCCGCGUUGAGACUGGGAAGCCGAACCCGAGGGGUUGCCCGAACGCCCGAUCGGUCUGCAUCCGUUCGCAUUGUCUUUGGCAAAGUGCGCAUAGCUAUCAGCAUUUUUUAG